UUAAGCCAACAUGCAUCGGUUUUGGGCCCAACAAGUCUUCAUCUUCGGAAUCCUUAUCUUCUCACUUGAAUCCAGUCUCUGCGAUAGCCAAAAAGAUGUGGAUGAGGACAGACUUAUGCAUCCUAAAUUCAUAGAAGUGGGGACCUCAGAAAGAAUCCUGCAAAGAGCUGGAGAGGAUACCAAUGAAUUUUGGCUUAACCAAGGCAAGGAGUUCAUACGUCAACAGCAAACUCGCAAGCCGAAUACCAAUAAAGCCAAGAAUAUCAUUAUGUUUCUGGGGGAUGGCAUGGGUUUGACUACCCUGGUGGCUGCCAGAAGUUACAUCGAAGCUGAGCACACAAAAUUGUCAUUUGAAGAAUUUCCCUAUACAGGACUCUCCAAAACCUAUUGUGUAGACAAAAUAGUCCCAGACUCGGCCACAACGGCAACCGCUUAUUUGUGUGGCGUUAAGGGCAAUUAUGGCACCAUAGGUGUAAAUGCCCAAGUUCUAAGAGAUGAUUGCCAAGCCAUGAACCAGACCGAGCAUCAUGUCUUUUCCAUAGCCAAAUGGGCCAUGGAUGCAGGUAAAUCUGCAGGUCUUGUGACCACCACCCGUGUGACACAUGCCUCUCCUGCCGGAGUCUAUGCUCAUACCGCCGAUCGUCAUUGGGAAGCUGAUAGUGAUAUUGAGGAGUAUUGUGGUAAGGAUCAUGGUUUGCCCGACCUUGCCCAUCAACUAGUGCACGGUGAGGUAGGCUCCCAGCUUAAGUUAAUGAUGGGGGGAGGCAAAAGUAAUUUCUUGGAUGGAAAAUUGUACGAAAAUGGAUUACGCUCCGAUGGUCGCAAUUUGAUAGAGGAGUAUUUGCAAAAAUCCCCUGGAAAUACUUUGGUUGAAACCCUGGAAGAGUUGGAGAAUUUGGAUUUAUCAAAACCACAACGCUUGAUGGGUAUAUUCCAUGACGAUCAUUUGGACUAUCAUCUCGAUGCAGUGGCCAACCCCUUAAAUACUCAACCCACUUUGGAACAAAUGACCAAAAAGGCCAUUGAAUUUAUGCAACAACAAAGGGAGGACAAUGGCUAUUUUCUAUUCAUAGAGGGAGGUAAAAUCGACAUGGGCCAUCAUGCCACCAAAGCUCGUUUGGCCUUGGAUGAAACAAAAGAGUUUUCUCAGGCCGUAGCCUUGGCCCGAGCCAUGACCAGUGAGGAGGAUACCCUGAUAGUGGUAACCUCUGACCAUUCGCAUACUUUCAGUGUGGCCGGUUAUCAGGAACGUGGUUCCGAUAUAUUCAGUCUACGUACCUCCGAUAUAGAUGGUCUACCCUACUCACCCUUGAGCUAUGCCAAUGGUGUGAGUUAUUCAAAAUAUUUUGAUGUUGCUAAGAGCAAAAGAGUUGACCCCUCAUUGGUGCUACGUAAUGAGGCACAUGAUGUUUUCCCCGCCACAGUUCCUCUCGCCGACGAAACCCAUGGUGGUGAAGAUGUGGGUGUGUUUGCCUCAGGCCCUUGGGCCCAUCUUUUCACAGGGGUGUAUGAACAAAAUGCCAUACCUCAUAUGAUGGCCUACGCUGCUUGCAUUGGGGAUGGUUUGAAGGUUUGUGAUAUCUUAUCUGAGUAUGAGAGUGCUUAAG